CGCAAACAAAACUCGCAACUCAAGGUUCCAUUCAGCUCGUAUUGAUGUUUGCAAAGAUCUCACUUGUCCCAAGACGUCAUUUGCUCCCAGUCACUAUGACGGCGAGCUCGAGUCAACUAUUAUCGAUGGGGCCAUGCUAUCCGUUGAGAGGGCGAUCGAGGAAUGAUGCUCCUUCAUGUCGCUAACCGGUCAACCUGUGUCCCUAGUUAUCAAAACCACCCGUUGGAUGCGCGAGGAAGAAAACAUGUUGCUCUCCAGAAUGUCGAUCUUCUCACGGUACAGUGCCUAUGGCUUGACCGAGCCUCGUCAGGCCAAGCGCUGCAACUCUCUCGCUUUGGGGAUGCCCUAAAGAGUGGAUGAUGGGCUCUCAGACUAAAAACGCUCCGCCGACGCAUGCCCGACCUCCGACCGGUUGCCGCCCUGUGGAAAAAUUGCACCAAACCCAUGGGUCAAGAUCUUGGACGGCAGGCUAGUAUCUUGGUAGUAGCGUCCUAGGAAAUACCACCAAUGCUUUUAAAUGAAGUCCUGGAAACCAUUUGACGUGCAUUCAUAUGAUAUGCUCAGCUUCUCUCCCACAGCGAGGCGGACAACAUUCCAACCACAAUGGAUGGAAAGAAAAGGCAACGGCCAGUCACUUCGUGUCUUCCGUGUCGGAAACGCAGGCUAAAGUGUGAUCGGGUAGAGCAAAAUGGAAUCCUGGACUCGUUCGUCGAGCCGAUAGAGGAGGUACUAAUGUAUGCAUUUCAGGUGCAUCCCACUUGUGGACGCUGUCUGGCUGGUGGUACCGACUGUGUCUACGACGAGAGUGCCAGUGCCAAUGCCAGCGUCAGCGCUGCACCCCGAUCAUCUACCUGGCAAAGCGCAUCAACUUCGCAGUUUGCACCAUCAUCAUCGACAAGCUAUGCAAGACCCGAGGAAGGGAGGGGGACAGGAGCUCAGACCGAGCGUAAGUGCCGCUUGCCACCUUCAAACUCCUCAAUCAGCCAAAUUAAUAACCCGGAUCAGCGACUGCAGAGCCUGUGUCCAGGCAAAAUAACCAUGAGAGAGGGCAACUUGCUGUUUAUGAUGGUGGCCGCUCGGCCUACGUUGGCUCAACCUACUGGGCAAAUGCAAUCCCUCCCGAGGUAAUUGAACUUCCUGACACGUUUCAUUCAUCUGUUGUUUUGUUCAUAGUCACCCGUGCUUUUGCUGACUGUCGUCCAGAUCAACCGCGACACAGUGCCUACACUCGCCGACGAGACCAGCCCUUUCCCCAAAUUCCCAGGCAGGAUGCAGGAGGGAGGACUCGAGUGGAGCGGACAGAAGUUUCGUCCACCGCGCAACUGCGGCUUCGAAUGGACCAAGUCAUCGUCGAACAAGUGCAAGCUCUGUGGAAGGAACUACAACAUCUCGUGUGUCAUGGCCCUACUCCCCAGUCGCGAAAUCUGUGAGAAGCUAUGCGGCUUUUUCUUCUCAACCGUCUUCCCUCUGACACCCAUCUUCCACAUGAAGGGUUUUGCAGAGGACUUCGCAACGUUCUGGGAUGGCAUGCCGCCCACGAACGUGCACAAUGCUGAGCCGAGCGUGUUCAUGCGCAAGAAGCCGGGCUUUCUGUCUCUCUUAUCUGCGAUUCUGUUUGCGGCAGUCUUCUCGGCCUCGCCAGCUCGCCUUGAGCGUAUCUUUGGGGAGCCCACCUAUCUCAAUCCUGGAGACAUGUACUUCAUUGCCAUGGCUUCAGCUAGCCUGACCGGGUUUCCUCGACGGCCCAGCAUCCACUCCCUGGCAGCAUACAUCAUUGCACAGAGCCAAUUCGUGAGAGAAGAAGAGUUCUCGGACGCUCCCGACUUUAUUGCUACCUCGUUUCGUGUUGCGCUAGGUAUGGGCUUGCACCGCCAACUCCCAGAAUCGGGACUACCUCCGGCCGAGCUGGAGACCAGACGCAGGCUUUGGUGGUAUAUUCUCCACCUGGAUGUCAUGUCUUCAUCUUCGUCGGGGCUCUCGCCUCUCUUCAUCAAUCAGAAAAUGGCCAACACCGAUGCUAUAUGUCAAUACGACGUCCACAAUGACGAUCCGGGUGCUCGUCAGGAUGUCGACGUUCGUUACCUAGUAGCGUCUCGCCGCUACGAAAUUACCAGGGAGAUCAGAAGAGUCCUUGUGCUCCAUUUCGAAGACGCCUUCCAGUCGCCGGAAGUGGUGGCAGAUUGUGCAGGUCGCCUUCGAAUGAUAGCCGACCGCACUAGUGCCACCGUCGACACCUUGCUCAAGGCCAGGGCCACUGCUGAGGCAAAAGUCGCGAGAUCCAGCACACCCCGUGCCGUUGAGCAAGCUUCCUCUAUGCUGGAUUUUGACCGGGUUUGGACACUUCGGCCAGACCCGAGCGACAAAGAGGCCGUGGACUUUACCGCUUGGUCUGCGCUUCUUUUGCACCUAAUGGUCCACAAGGCAUAUUGCGUCCUAUACCAUCCCCUAUUCAGGGACCCUGCAAUGUUGGCCGACGAAAACAUCCGAACAAAUGCCGUCAAACAUGCGCAAGCAUUCAUCCAAGUGUUUAUCCGCGUCUGCAACGAUCCCAUCUCGGACCCCUUCCACUGGAUGUAUCCGGGGACGUACCAGCCUCUCCAAGCAGUCUCGCUGCUUCUCGCGGACCUCUUGCAGCACCCGUACAGCGACGACGCGGCUCUUUCCCGGGGCCUGAUCGACGCCAUCUUCGAACUCUACCAAGUCGACGAAGGCAUCGUCAGCCAGAGCGACCCGCCGCGGCGCCAGCUCUCGCCCUCCGGACGAGACGCAUGGACCAUGCUGGUGCGCACGCGCAGAAAGGCCCUGGAGCAGGUCGGGAUGGACUACCACGUGCUGUUCCCGUCCAAUGCCGUCCUGUCGAGCCGGUGCAUCUGCGGUGAAAAGAUCUCCGUCGUCGACACCGACGCCGUGACCCACCAGCAGGCUCUGCAGCCGACCCGGCCUGGGGAGGGACAACAGCCACCCCCGCCGCCGAUCCCACAGGACAUGCAGGGCGAGCAGACCGAACAGGCGCCGGGGCAGAUGCUCUACGAUCAAGUCGACUUUGACUGGCACGCCUGGGACAACGCGCUGGGGCCGUCGAUCGGCCUGAUGCCGUGACGGGUGCAGCGUACUUUUUUUGACUGAAGGUUUUACGACAAUGACCAAACCCCGCUGUUGAACAAUCUUGUAGUUGGAUUUAGAGCGAGAGCGAGGAAAUAACAUGAAUGAACGAAAGAAAGGAGGAAAAUGGUUGGUUAAUCCCAACAUGAAAUGGAUAUGGACAAGGAUAUGGUGAUAAUGAUAACCUGCUUCCGUACCAUACCAUACCAACAUGAUAUUUCGCUUCGUA